AGAAUGUCAAGAUCUCGACCCUCCCAAAAUCAAAUGAAACUUUUGGUUGAACUCAUGGCCAAAGAUCCCCAAUUGUGUUCCUGCAAAUUUACACCAUCGUUUACUCAUAAAAUAGCGAGAGAGAAAUGGGAAAAUAUAACAGUGCAAGUAAAUUCGUUGCCAGGAGCCCAAAAGAGUUGGGAUAAAUGGAAAAAAUCAUGGCAAGAUACAAGAUCAGCCACCAAAACUAAAGCGGCCGCUAUAAAACGUCAUAUAUCGGGUACCGGUGGAGGUCCAUCUUGUACCAUUGAAUUAAGUGAAAUUCAAAAAGACGCAUUAAGUUUAAUGAGUCAAACAUCUAUAAGUGGCCACAUACAAUCAUCAGAAUCACUUGUUGACUUUGACUUUAAUGAUGAUUCUACAGAAAUUGUAUUAAUUGGUGAUGAUGAACUAUGUAACGAAUCGAAGUGGAUUUCGGAGUCAAGUUCUGAUAACAUUAAUU